AUCUUGUGACAUGCCAGUAUUGGAGAAUGCCAGAAUCAGAAGUAAUAGCCAGCGGUUUAAAGUCAAUGACAAGUUGGACUAUGAAUGCCUUGACGGAUUUGAAAGCAGAGAUGGGCGUGCAGGUUCCAUAGUGUGUGGUAAUGACGGUUGGUCUCAUAAACCAGCAUGUUAUGAAAUAGAAUGCAAGGUUCCAGAAAUAGAAGAAAACUUAAUUGCUCACCCCAGAAAGGAUAAAUAUAGAGUUGGAGACAUGUUGAAAUUCUCCUGCAAACCAAGACUUAAAAGAGUUGGACCAGAUUCAGUUCAAUGUUACCACUUUGGAUGGUCCCCUAAUCUUCCAACAUGUAAAG